AAGUUGCGUAAGAUGACGUAGGGCCGUGGGUCUGAGGUAAACAACGGUAGAGCGGAGGCUAAUGACUAUCAAGUUUUCACGGAUCUGAAGAAAUGGCAAAGAAAGCGAAGGACUCAGUGGAUGUGUGGCUGUAACUCCUCUUACACUAAUCAGAUAGUCCAUCCCUAGAUCCUUGGAUCCAUCUCAGCCAUGUCGUCACGUGUGUUGCUGCGGCAGCAGCUGAUGCGGGAACAAGCCCAGGAGCAGGAGAGACGCGAGGCUCUUGCUCAGCAGCAACAGGCAUCUGCCUCUCAGCUUCGGGCCCCCAACUCAACUCCAGCUAUCUCUGUCACUCUGCCACCUAAUGCUGCCCGCCCCCCUCCAGCACAGGUGCCCGUGGAGGUGCUGAAAGUGCAGACCCACUUGGAGAACCCCACCAAGUACCACAUCCAGCAGGCACAGAGGCAGCAGGUGAAGCAGUACCUCUCCACCACUCUGGGAAACAAGGCGAUUCCUCAGACCUUGUCUCUGUCCCCGGCCCCCCAGUCCAGUUCUGCCCCAGAAGUGGCCCCUACUGCCAGCAGCGCCCCUAAUAGUCCUAUGGCGCUGCUCAACAUCGGCUCCAACAAGGAAGAAAUUGACGAUGUGAUCGAUGACAUCAUUAGCCUUGAAUCCAGUUUUAAUGACGACAUCAUUACGUUGAUAGACUCAGGUCUUCAGCUGCCUAGCACGCUCCCAGGAAACCUCUUGGAUGUGUACCAUAGCCCGGGAAUGGCAGCGCCUACUCUUACUGUCAGCAACUCCUGCCCUGCUGAUCUUCCAAAAAUUAAAAGGGAAAUUACUGAUGCAGAUGCCAAAGCAAUAAUAAAAGAAAGGCAGAAGAAAGACAACCAUAACCUCAUUGAGAGGAGGCGUCGGUUCAACAUCAAUGACCGCAUAAAGGAGUUGGGCACUUUGAUACCCAAGUCAUCAGACCCAGAGAUGCGCUGGAAUAAAGGUACCAUUCUCAAGGCUUCUGUAGACUACAUCAGGAAACUGCAGAAGGAGCAGCAGAGAGCCAAGGAUGUUGAGAUGAGGCAGAAGAAGCUGGAGCAAGCCAACCACUCCUUAAUGUUACGCAUCCAGGAACUGGAAAUGCAGGCACGGCUUCACGGCCUCUCAUCCUCCAACAACAUUUCUGCUCUGAGCUCCGACCCCUCCCUGCUCCAGCAGCAGUCCACAGUUCCACAGAGCAGCCAGUCUCUGGCUCCCAACACGGGAGGAGCCUCCAACCAGAACCUCCUCGGUCCGGUAGCCAUUGGACAACCUUUGCCUGCCUCCUUCCUGUCCCCACCCUCCUCAGACUCUCCCGCCGGACUCACCAUAAGUAGUCCGCUGGACCUGGGCAGCCUGAGCUUCGCUGAGCUCGAUGACCCCCCGGCCUCCGCCCUCUACUCCGAUAUGGGUUUGGGAGACAUACUUAUGGAUGACGGGUGCACUCUGUCUCCAGAGAGGAUUGGCGAGCCGCUGUUUUCUCCUUUGUCACCGGGUGCCUCUAAAACCAGCAGUCGCAGGAGCAGCCUUGAGAUGGACGAGGACUUGUGAUGAUUUGCCUGUGGUCAGAGACUCUGUAGGGACAAGAAUGUCGGGAAGUGCAGUUUAUCCUUAAAUAACUAUAGCUAUUUAUAGAACUGCACAAUUGAACUUUAAAUAGUCAAAUUUAACUAUAAUUAUGAACAAAACUAACACCAGAAGACAGCAAAUUUUAAUUUUUCUUUGUUUGUUUGUUUGUUUUUUGCUAUACAAAUUCAUUAUUAUUGUUCCUGUUUGGAGCCAGUCAGACAUCAGAUGAUUAUGUCUGAGUUUCUGAAUGCAAUCUUAGUAUAAAAUGCAAUAUUGUACAAUAGGGGCAUGGACCUAGCAUUAAGAAAUAUUACAUUCUUAAAUAGUUGUUAAGAUUUCUUCAGAGAUUUUAAGAGGGAUAUAAGGUUUGCUUGAAUUUAUUAUAUGCAUAUUUGUAGGGAAGAAAGCUGUGAGGUUUCUUUUUCGUGACAGGACAUGUUUGGCACAACUAACUUGUCAAGAGAUGCCAAUAUAUAGCAUAUAUUUUGUGUGUGUGUGUGUGUGUGUUUGUUUUUUGUUUUUCUUCAAACUGACUGGAAUCAGGGUUUGUUAAAAGCAGUUGCAUGCUCCUGCGUGUUGGGUUGUAUCACCAGCAACUACAGAAGGGAUCUCUGUAAAAAAGUGAAUUGGCACAUUGUGUAGUAGUUACAGCACAUUGUAAAUAAGAGUCUUUUAUUUUGAGCAAGUUCUUUGCACCUUAUUUUAUUGUAGUCUAUGCAUUUUAAGAAAGCUUGUGUCUGUUUUUAUUACUACUACAUACAGCGGACAGCUAAGGCCCAGGCUGCAUGUAUUUGUAAUAAAACCUUAAAGGCGGUGAAAAAAAAUCACUUGCUGCUGCAGCUAGUUAGCCAAAGCAGGAUUUCUUCCAGAGUAGCUACAAAUUACAAAUCAGCAUUUUUAUAUAUAUAUAUAUAUAUAUAUACAUCGUCUUUUUUUUGAAUAUAUUCACUCAGUCAGUGGGAAUGCAGAACAAUUUUCUCCUUUUACAAAAGUACUGUAGUUCAUUACAUUUUUUUUUAUACCUGAUCAUUUGAUAAGUAGUUUCUGCAGACUAAUGUGUGUUGUCAGUUUGUCUCCAUUAACCUUUGUGAUCACUGAAUAAUUUUUUUAACCAGUUAGCAUGUUCUAAUAAAUAUGUGGGGUGUGUUUUUUGUUGUUUUUUUGGAUGAUGAAAAGUGAUAUAAUCUAAUAAUGGAUUCCUGCUCAUUGUAGUCUGAAUUCAGUUGGCUCAGACCUCCUUUUUUUUUUUUUUUAAACCAACCACUAGUCUCACUUCUGUUAUAACAAUGUAUGAUGUUUUAUUGAAUGAAAUCUCAAUGCAAUUAUUAUUCCAUUAAAUAGUCACAAAUGUUAGGUUUUUUUUCAUCACAUGCUUACUGAACCUUGUGUACAGUUAAUGAAUGUGUGUUUGAGCAUUUUUUUGUUUGUUUUUUCUAACACUGAUGCACUGUUUUUAGUUAAAACAGCCAAAAACAUAUUUAAAUCAUAGCUUUGAGUGGCAUUGAUUGGUGGUUACAAUUAUUUUUUUAAGCUCUCCACUGAUCGUUCAGAGCGUUGGAGGUACCUUUCAGCUUAAAGCAGCUCCACUCCGUCACUCAGCGUUGCUCGUCGUGUUCCCGUAAAUCACAGAGUAGAACUUCUGUACCUUUUUAGCUUUUACUCUUCUCCACAAUAUUAACCCUGUCUUAACCAGGCAUAUACACAGUGACUCAUACUCACACUGACUGUUAACUACAAACCAAUAUGUCUUGUCACUGCAAUUUGGCUUUGAGAAGAUUUUUAACAAAUAAAUGAUUGCCAUCG